AUGACUCGAAGUUCACCCCCUGUUCGUGCGCACAUAUUGGACUUUGACGACGAUUUCGAACGAACUUUGAGAAGGAAGAGGAAGCAGCCAGAACUCAAUCCCUCUAGUUCUUGUUCCGAACCUGAAUCUGAAGCUGAAACGGAGUUGGAAGAGGAACAAGACAUGGCUGUAGACAAUCGAACAAUCAAGGAACUUUCAGCCUCUGAAUUGGACAAUGCAGUCCCUCUUUGCAUUCAAUACCCUAGGGCAGUUGCAGGCAAGACCGAUGAGUUUGAAUUGAAGUCAAGUUUGCUACAUCACAUUCCCAAAUACCAUGGGCUGUCCAUGGAAGAUCCAAACAAGCAUUUGAAGGAAUUUGAAGUAGCUAAAGAUUGGCUCUAUGAACUAGCACCUGGAACCGUUACUUCUUGGGAAAGUAUGAAGAAAGCAUUCUUAGAGAAAUUCUUCCCAACUUCAAGAGUCAUUCUUUUGAGGAAGAAAAUUAGUGGAAUUCAACAGGGCCCGGGAGAAUCCUUUCCAGUGUAUUAUGAGCUUUUUAAGACGUUAGUUGCAUCCUACCCACAACAUCAAAUGAAGGAAGAGCUUUUAAUUCAAUAUUUCUAUGAAGGACUACUUCCACUGGGGAGACAAAUGCUUGAUGCUUCAGCGGGAGGUGCUUUGGUUGACAAAACCCAGUUGCUGCAAAGAUCUAAUAGCAAAUCGAGCUUCGAAUGCACAUCAAUACAAAGGAGUUGGAGGGACAGAUCAUACAUGGCCAGUCAAGUUAAUGAGGUAAGUGCUAUUUCGGAACUUCAAUCUCAAAUGGCUAAUCUCUCUACUCUUAUUUCACAGGUUGUUGAAGGAUCCAAAGUGCAAAGUAUAGCCACUUGUAGCGUGUGCUCUAUGCAUGGACACCACAGUGAUCAAUGUUCUCAAUUAAUCGAUAAUGGGGGAUGGGAAAGUGCCAAUGCCGUAGGUUAUCAAGGCCAAAAUCAACCUAGGUAUGACCCGUUUUCAAACACCUACAAUCCGGGCUGGAGAGAUCAUCCAAACUUGAAGUGGAGGGAGCCUCAACAAACUCAACAACAAGGUGGAUAUAGACAGCCACCUCCAGGGCUCUAUCAAAGGCCGUUCGCACCACCACAACCUCAACCACAAACUGCCCAAUCAAAUUCAGGUUCGCCAUUGGAUAAUGAUCAAAUGCUUAAAGUACUAACUUCUUUGACUCAGGGUUUACAAAAUCAAGCCAAAGAGAUGAGCAAAGUGAAGAAGCAAAUUGGGCAGAUGGCGGAGUUCAUGGGACAAGAUUGGAACCAAUCCCAAAAUUUCCAAACAAAGCUCAAAAGAGAACGAAAAGCUGCUGCUCAAAGAGAAGGAGGUGGACAAAGCCACGACAAGGGAGGAACAACCCUUGCCACAGUCCCCCAAAGCUCCUACACAACCAAACUUAGGUUUAUGCAAUCUAAGAAAGAAGAGAAUGAAAAAGACAUCUUAGAGACUUUCAGGAAGGUACAAGUCAAUAUCCCACUUCUUGACGCAAUAAAGCAAGUUCCAAAGUAUACUAAAUUCUUGAAAGAGCUUUGUACAACAAGGAGGAGGAUUUCAAACAAAGAAAUGGUAAGGGUAAGUGAGAAUGUUUCCGCAGUUUUGCAACGAAAACUGCCACCUAAAUGCAAAGAUCCAGGUAGUUUCACAAUCCCUUGUGUUAUUGGGAACACCAAGUUUGAACAUGCCAGGUUAGAUUUAGGUGCUUCCAUUAAUGUCAUGCCAUACUCUAUUUAUGCAUCUAUGAACUUAGGAGAGCUUAAAAAUGAUGGCGUUAUAAUUCAAUUAGCCGAUCGUUCUAAUGCAUAUCCGAAAGGAGUUUUGAAAGAUGUUUUGGUGCAGGAAUAUCUCGAAUAUCUAGAUAGGGAUGCCCUUGAAACCACCAUUGUUCAAGGAAUUGAACUCAUCAAAAAUGGGGCCGAACCUAAUCAUGAAGAAAUUGGCGAGAUGGUGGCUGCCCUUGAGUCAUUGCCACAAUAUGUUGGUAAGCCUCCAAUCCCAAUUCCAAUUCCCGUUUCUACUAACAAGUUGUUACCUUCGGUGAUUCAGGCACCCACUCUCGAGCUUAAACCAUUACCGAAUCAUUUGAAGUAUGUCUUCUUGGGAGAUAAAGAGACUUUGCCCGUCAUAGUCUCUUCAUCACUCACGGCAGUGGAGGAGGAAAAACUAGUUCGGGUGUUGCAAGAGUACAAAACAGCUAUGGGAUGGACUUUAGCCGACAUCAAAGGACUUAGUCCUACAACAUGCAUACAUCGCAUACUUCUAGAGGAGGGGCUAAACCAACUUGAGAGGCUCAACGCCGACUCAACCCUCCAAUGA